UUGUUUAUCCUAGAAAUGGGAUCUUCAGGAACAGUGGCAAUCCUUGGUGGUGGCAUAAGUGGCUUAACAGCAGCAUAUAAGUUGUCCCAAAUCCAUCCUGCCCCCAACAUUGUACUUUUCGAAGCAGCCAAUCGUUUAGGAGGUUGGAUACAUAGCACCAGGAAUGAAGAUGGUGUUGUGUAUGAACAUGGCCCACGAACACUAAGACCUGUUGGAGAGUCAGGAAUAACUGCAUUAAAUCUUGUACAGGAACUUGGACUUCAAGAACACAUUAUUAAUGUUCCCUAUGGUCAUCCCUCUUCUGUUAAUCGUUACGUUUACGUUGAUUCUAAACUAAUCCGAUUGCCGACACAAUUAUCUGCUUUGUUCAAAACCACGCCCCCUUUUCACAAACCCUUACUUGCAGCUGUUCUCCGUGACCUAUUUACAAGCAAAAGUUCCAAAGAUGACGAAUCAAUGUUUGAUUUCGUUUCUCGUCGUCUUGGGCCGGACAUAGCAGAAUUUGCUAUUGACCCAUUGGUACGCGGAGUGUGCGCUGGUGAUGCUAAGGAGAUUAGCGUAAAGUUUUUGCUGAAAUCGCUUAAGGAGGCUGAGCAAAAAUAUGGUCGCAUAACAUUUGGCUUCCUGACCAGUGCAUUGCGAAAACCUCCACCGCCCACGUACCAAGUUUCGGAUUUAGCCAAAAAAGCUCAGUCAGAACGCUGGCCGGUGUGGAGUUUGCAAGGAGGAAUACAGUCACUCCCAGAAACUCUAGCAGAAAAAAUCACAAAUGCUGGGGUAGAAUUAUAUGUUGAAUCUCCCUGCACAGAUUUAGAAGUUCGAAAAGACGGUAGUUUCGUAGUGCGAUCUGGCGAAGAAGAACUGCAUUGUUGCAAGGUGAUUAGUGCGUUGCCAUCGCUCAAAUUAUCUGAAUUAGUAGAAAAGACCCACCCUACCUUGGCCAAAUUACUUAAAUCAAUUGAUUCCGUCACGGUGGGACUAGUCAACUUGGAAUGGGCUGGUCAACGGUUGAACCAUGAUGCAUUCGGUUUCCUAGUGCCGUCAUCUCAAAACUCACCGCUACUAGGAGUGGUAUAUGAUACCUGCAGUUUUCCUCAAGGCGAUCGAACUAUACUAACCGCGAUGAUGGGUGGAAAAUGGUUUAAAAGCCUUUUUGGUGACCAUAUUAAUGAAGAAGCAUUGUUAAAAAUAGCUCUGGGUCAAAUGGAAUCAGUACUUGGUAUAAGCGACGCACCAGCCCGUACCCAAGUCCAUAUUCUACGGCAAUGCAUUCCGCAAUACACUGUAGGCCAUUGUGAUCGGGUGGAAAAAAUUCGGCGCUAUGUCGACGAUAACCGACUAGGCCUUGUAUUGAUAGGUGCUUCAUUCGACGGAGUCUCAGUCAAUGACUGUAUUCACAAUGCAACUAAAGCGGUCGAACACUUGGCUGCCACGCUCAAGAUUUAGAAAUUUUAAAGUCGGGAGCUUUGUGUUGUGAAAUGCAGUGUGUUGCUGGAACUAAAAAUGCCUGCCUAAUUUCUCAGUCAAGUAGUUAUUGAUUACAUGAAUAAA